AUGGAGAAAUUACCAGUAAGUUCGUUAACUAGGUUAUUGAACGAAUCAAAUUCCAAUCAAGCAAGUCCUCAACAAUCCAAUAGUUCUAAAGACUUAGCUAAGACUUCACAUUCAUCUAAUGAUUCCGAUGGUAUAACUUUUAAUUCCAAACUCAAUGAAAAUAAUGAUAUUGGUCAUAGUGAUGGCGUUACUGUAACAGUCGAACCUAUUGAAGUUGAAGAGCAAGACUUGGGUACCGCUUCAUAUUCUAGAGCUAUCCCUAAGAAUGAUAAGGAUCUCGGACAAAAUGGCGGAGUGUCUGUUGGAAGUAUGAAUAGCUUAACUUCUUUAAACAGAAUUCCUAUAAAACCUCCAAUGAAUGCUAGUCCAAGAGUUGUUAGAACUAAUUCAUUAUCACAUUCAUCGUUCUUAAACUAUGGUGAAAGUUUAUCCACAUCAAUACCUUACUCAGCACCAGGUGGAAGAUCACAAUUAUCCCUGUCAAGUUCAACUAGUCCUGGUACAAUUGUUGAAAAUAACAAUUCUCAUGUCCCAAAUUUACCAAAUGGACAAACCAUUUCGUCCAUUCAUAUUCUGUCUCCACAAGUUAAUUCUUCUAGUAUUGAUUCUAGAUUUGUGGUUUCUAAACAAAGAGUAGCUCAGCAUCAUGCUCAAUCAUUAAGUUCAAGUCAAAAAAGUGGUUCUCAAUCUGGAUUAUCAUUUUUCUUUGGUAAUAGUUCAACAAAAACCAAACCAAUUUCUCGUGGUUCAUCAACUGAUCUUGGAAGUUUCUAUAAUAAUUCCCAUGAGCCAGUUUCGGAAUCUCCUUCAUCAAUGUCUUCAACUGAAACUUAUCAAAGCUCAAUUCCUCCAGUUUCUAGACAUAAUUCUAUGGCCAAUUUAAAAAGAUUUUUCAAAAAAACUGGUACCACACCAACUUCUCAGGUUUCAAACUUAUCCUCAAGUUUAAGAUCCCAAAACAAUUCAUUAGCCAAUACCCCAGUCACUUCCAUCAACUUGACUACUAAUUCUACCAACAGUUCUAUGAGUUCAAUGAAUAAUUCUCCUGGAAUCAGUUCAUCUUUCCAAAAUAAAAUUAAUUACCAACACGAAAGAAGAGGUUCAGUUUCUUCUAUAAUCUCCAAUCAACAAAAUUUACCCUUUUCUAAAAGAUAUAGUAAAUAUGGAGAAAAUUUGGGUGCUGGGGCUGGUGGUGCAGUCAAAUUAGUUACCAGAUUUAGUGAUAAGAAAAUGUUCGCUGUUAAGGAAUUUAGAGCUAAAUAUCAAAAUGAAAGUAAAAGAGAUUAUGCUAAAAAAAUCACUGGUGAAUAUUGUAUUGGGUCCACUUUAAAACAUCCAAAUAUCAUUGAAACUAUUGAAAUUUGUUAUGAAAAUGAUCAUAUCUUGCAAGUAAUGGAAUAUUGUGAUUAUGAUUUAUUUGCCAUUGUCAUGUCUAAUAAAAUGUCCAGAGAAGAAAUCAAUUGUUGUUUUAAGCAAAUCUUAUCCGGGGUGCAUUAUUUACAUUCUAUGGGUUUGGCUCAUAGAGAUUUAAAAUUGGAUAAUUGUGUCAUUGACACCCGAGGUAUCGUUAAAAUUAUUGAUUUUGGUUCAGCCGUAGUAUUUUCAUAUCCAUUUUCUAAAACAUUGAUUGAAUCUCAAGGUAUCGUUGGAUCUGAUCCUUACUUAGCACCUGAGGUAUGUGUCUUCAGUAAAUAUGAUCCUAGACCAGUAGAUGUUUGGUCAGCUGCCAUAAUCUAUUGUUGUAUGAUGUUAAAGAAAUUCCCUUGGAAAGUACCUAAAUUAUCAGAUAACUCAUUCAAAUUAUUUGCUAGUAGAGGUGAAAUGAUUCCAAUAAGUGAAAUGUUGAAGAAAACUCCAGAAACUAAUGGAGGACUCAGUGACCUCAGUGAUAUUGCAGAAGUUGUUCCCUCAGUAGAGGAAAAGGAAGAAUCUGAGGGUAAAUCUCAUACAUCUAAUGAAAUUGGUGCUGGAAGAUUAUUGUUAGCAUUACCAGAGGACUGUAGGCCAUUGAUUUCAAAAAUGGUGGAAUUGGCUCCAGCAUGUAGAGUCAAUAUUGAUGAUGCCUUAAAAGAUCCUUGGUUACAGUCAGUUAAUAUGUGUACUGUAGAAGAGAGAUAUAAUAAUGACGGAACUAUUAAUUUCGAAGCCGUCAAAUGUGAAGACCAUGAUCACACGCAAGUUGAUCAAACAAAAGCCCAUAUUGCAGCUUUUGAAAAAAAUAAGAAGAAAUAG